AUCUUUGAAUUUAUCGAACGGAGGGCAUCGUAACGAUAAAGAUCGUCGGAACAGAAUAUCUACGUCGUUUUUAAUAUAAGUUCUUGUAGAACAUUUAACAUAAUAUAAAACAAUGUCGGGCCUUCGUACCACGUUGUAUAAUAUCUUUUUAAAGCGAUCAUCUACGUACGCUCUUACUAUCAUAACCGGAACGUUUUUCUUCGAACGUACUUACGAUUUAAUCACUGAGAAAUUGUUUGAAUCAAUCAACAAAGGGAAAUUAUGGAAAGACAUCAAACACAAAUAUGAAGAGUAAAUGAGCGGACUAGAAAUUUUUAUACACUAGUUGUAUAUUGAAUAGAUAAUUGUUUUCUCUAUGAGAAUGUAAAUAAAAAACAAAUGGUACGUAA